GCGACAACAGCCAUCAUCGCCAUAACUGUCGAGAGAUUCCGGCUUUCAUGUCCCUAAUUCAUACCGAGCAUCCAUAAUUGAAGCUGGAAACGCUUGCGUGGUACAAAACCCAGCGACGAGGCCCACUUGUUCCAAUUCAUCGACCAUUCUAUUCUGACACUGAACAACGAACUGCAAACUUGCGACAACCAUCAUACAUACAUAGACCUCACAACAUCUCUACCGCUCCAAUGACAACCUCGAAUAACGGCCCGUCCGCGGCCACAAACGGCGACGCGAUACCAAAGAUCGGUCCCCAUCCAGGCACCAUCUCCAGUUCGAACCAAUACACAUCGGAGCUCAAGCUACGACGUAUGCUCAAGGAUCAUGGCUGCGAUCCCGCAAGACAGGAUAACUACCGCCUUCAGGGUGUGCAGUUGAUCGAGAACGUGAGGGAAUAUCUACAACUACCUGUGAGGACGUUCGACACGGCGUGCACGUAUUUCCACAAAUUCCGACUCAACUUUCGAGACGUCGAGUACAACUAUCAAGACGCUGCACUAGCAUCGCUAUUCGUCGCGUGUAAAGUGGAAGAUACUAUCAAGAAGUCAAAGGAGAUUCUCGCGGCGGCUUAUAACGUGAAGAACCCCGAGAAAAGCGUCACGCCCGAUGACAAGAUGUUCGAUGGUCCAGGCAAAAUAAUCAUCUGCCUCGAACGUCUCAUCCUCGAAACGAUCGGCUUCGACUUCCGCACACGCUACCCCCAAAAACUCCUCGUGAAAGUCGUCCGCGAUAUCUUUGGCAAAGAUGAUGGAAAACCCUUUUUCGAGACCGCAUACGCAAUGUGCAUCGACAUCUACAAGACCUUUGUUCCCAUAAAGCGCACAACAUUCUCCAUGGUCAUGGCUGUCGUGGAGCUCACAGCCCUCAUGACAGAACAGCACGUGGACAGAGUUCAAGAGUACGCAAAGACGAAGCGUCAGUACCACUGGGGUUCUGUCAUGGAGACCAUGCUCGAUAUACUAGAUCUAUACGUUCAGCAUGGGAAAUCCACCAAAGUUGGGGCACAGUUUGACCAGAAUAAGAUCAUCGACAUCAAGAUUCGGCUUAACAACGAUCUUGACAAGGCGUUCGAACCUCGAUAUCUGUACUACUGCUCCCGGUGCGAAGCCGAAGACCCCCAACCUUCUACGCCUGCAUCGGCGACAUCACCCGCGACAUCAACAUCAUGGCCUGGCGAUGGAAAACGAACGGUCAAGGGCCCAGAAGGGACGUUGCGUUUUGUGUUUGAGCCAGAGGCUGCGUUGAGAGAAAGGGAGAUUACUGAAGCAUUCUUUAAGGAAGAAUACGAAGAGUAUGAAGUCGAGGUUGAAGAGCCGGUGCCUCCGCCGCCGAGGGAGGGUAGGGGAGGAUAUCAUGGGCACAGAGAUAGGGGGGAUCAUAGGAGGGGAGGACCGUAUGGGGGAUAUCGAGGGGAUAGGCAUUACAGGGGAAGGGGUAGACAUUAUUGAGGCUAGUCGUACACAAGGACACUUUCUAUUAGAGAUACCCAUUCGUAUUACCAUGGUAGCAUAACACUCUAUUCACACUCAUGGUCUUACACCUAAUCGUCCAUACAGUCAUAUACAUGGAUAUCAUCACCCUAAACCUUCUUCUCCCCCUUGACCUCGCCAUGAUCCCCAAUAAGCAAAUCCUCUCCCGACGGUCCACUCGACUUAACACCCUCCAACUCCUCCCCAUCCUUCUUCGCAACCGUCU